UGUGAAUAUUUUUGUGGUGGCGCGGAAUCGGAGCGGGUUAAGGAGUCGCUGCGGGGCUGCGGGGCUGUAAAAUGUGGUGCAGUUUAAUGUAAAGCGCUUUUUCUGAGGGAAUAUUAAUACAGACUGUUCUCAGCGGAGAAACAGCGCGCGGAGGGGUCUUAAACCCGCUGCUUCUGGAGGAAGUUCUGCUGUUUUCGGGGUCCAAAAUGAGUCCACAGAAACGCACUGCAGGUCCUGGAGUUUUGGAAGUCCAAUUCGUAGGAGAUGAAGAUGUGCUAGACCACAUUGUCGAGAAACAUGAAGGGUCUAGAGCACUCAGAAGUUCUGCACAAACUCUAGUGAGCCUGAAGAGUCUCAGAAAGAAAACGACAGACUCUGCAGAAGGGGAGGAAGAGGAAGAAGAGGAGGGAGUUUUUAACAAGCAAAACUAUGUGGAGUCGCUUGGUUAUGGAGCAGAAGCUGGAGAUGAGAAUGGGUCGGCCACAGCAGGAGCCUCAGUGUUCACCUUCCAGACCAUCAAACGCUCCAAUAAAAUGGCUCAGAUGGCUUCAGAGUGGGCACGCACUCCUGGCAAAAGUGUCACAUUUCGUACCCCUGGGAGUCCAGAGGAGGCAGCCAGCCCAACCCGGGCAAGCCAGAAAGUUGCCAGUCAAAACAAAACUCCUCAAAAGGGAAAGAAAGUACAGUUUGUCUCCACGACUCCUCACAGACUGAGAAAGAGAAUAUCAGCUCCCAACCUAAAGUCAGACAGUGACAGUGAUUUCUCCCCCUCGAACUCGGAGGAUGAAGAGGAUGAAGAGGAAGAAAAGGGGGAAAAAGCUGAAGCUCAGCCCAAAACCCCCAGCAAGUCAUCUGGAGCUGCUGCUGCUCUUUACAAGACCCCUGCGAAGAAGAGCAAGAAAGCACCAGAGCCCAACCUGGUGGAGGAAUAUUUUGAAGCCCACAGUAGCUCCAAGGUUCUGACAUCAGACCGGACUCUUCAGAAGCUGCAGACUCCUAAACUAGAUCGGGAAACUCUGCUCAGAUUGUUGGAUGGAAAGCCCUCCUGUUAUGUGGAUGAGAUCAGUCAGCUCAACAGAAAACACGAGAAGAAUUUCAGCAAGUGGAUGCUGCAGUUACAGAUGGGGUUUAACAUACUACUUUAUGGCCUGGGCUCCAAGAAGUUUUUACUAGAGAAGUUCCGCACUACCAUGUUGUCAGACUCCGUCCAUCUGGUGGUCAAUGGCUUUUUUCCAAGCAUAACCCUCAAAUCGAUUUUGAAUGCCAUCACUGGGGAGAUGCUGGAGCAUGAUGGGAGCUUUCGUACCCCGAUGGACCAAAUAGACUUUGUUGUGAAAACGCUUAAAAAUGACCCAGACAGCCACUACUAUGUGAUCAUCCACAAUCUUGAUGGCCCCAUGCUGCGUGGUGAGAAGAACCAGCAGGCUCUGGGGCAGCUGGCUUCAAUUCCCAACAUGCACCUGCUUGCCUCCAUAGAUCACAUCAAUGCCCCUCUUGUUUGGGACCACUCAAAGAUGAGCUUGUUUAACUGGCUCUGGUAUGAGACGACUUCGUUCCUGCCGUACACGGAGGAGACGUCAUACGAGAACUCUCUUCUGGUGCAGCAAACGGGCGCACUGGCCCUCAGUUCGCUCACACACGUCCUGCGCAGUCUCACACCAAAUGCCAGAGGGAUCUUCAGGCUGCUGGCUGAGUUUCAGCUGGAGAAUAAAGACAACCCUUCAUAUACAGGUCUGUCUUUCCAAGACUUUUACCAGCGCUGUCGUGAGGCCUUCCUGGUGAACAGUGACAUCACACUGAGAACGCAGCUCACGGAGUUCAGAGACCACAAGCUCAUCCGUACCAAGAAGGGUGCUGAUGGAGUGGAGUACCUUCUGAUCCCUGUGGAUGCAGGAACUCUCACAGACUUCCUAGAGAAAGAGGAUGUAGAGUAAACAGGAGAUAUCAGAGUCAGAAGACAACAUACAGAGUUCUGUUUUGUUGGCUUUAUCAAAAUUGACUGUACCUGUUCUGAAUAUGCUGGAUAAACAGUAGUAAUUUGGCAUAGAUUACUACCAGACAGCUCUGCAGCUUCAUCCUGUCCAAUUCUGUCAGUAACCAGGUAUAUAUGUGGACUAAGCAUUCAGGCUGUUUCUGUUGUGUGGUAAGUUCCAGGUACUGGAUAUUGUGUGUGAUCACACAGCACUUCUAUUGUGGACUCAUAGUGAAUAAUGUUUGUGUUCAUAUGAUGUACCAUCAUGUACAGUAGUUUAAUAAAUAAGGUGCAUUGCAAUUUA